AUGGCCCACGAAUAUCCACGGCGCAACAAACCAAUCGAGCCUUCAGAGGCUGCCAUUACACCUGAGAAGACAACUCGAGUGUCAGUUUCGGAAAACACAGAUAUUCCUGCUAACCAAAAGGACGAUGCUGGCGCUGUCGUGUUCUUGUUCCCUCCAAAUGGACACCUUCCUCGGUCGGUGUCCUCAAUUUGGCUCGCUUGUAAGCUGUGGCUUUUGGAACUUUUCAAUCCAGUCAAAGACGAAUCGUGCAGAGAUAAGCGAGUGGAGAUACUCAUGGAGAAACACACAUCCGGUAAAAAGGCUCUCCAGGCACGGUACCCUGGCCUGUGGUAUCUUGAAGUCAUUGCUGUACACCCAUCACUGCAGUCACGCGGACUGGGGGGCGGCGUGAUGAAGUCUAUCCUCGAGAAAGUUGCGGGCAAUCCGAUCUUCCUGGAAUGCACCAAGCAGGAGAAUGUCGGCUUUUAUGAGGGAUUCGGCUUCAAGACGAUAGAGGAAGUUGAGCUCACAGAUACGCCAGCGCACGAGGAGGAGAAUGGAAAACUCAAGUACUGGGUGAUGAUUCGAGAGACAGAUAGUACAUAG